AGUGACGACUCUGGCAUCGACACCUCCAGAAGUGAUGCUGAAAGCGAUGUUGCAAGUGACGAUCCUGUUCAUUUACCUGCCAUCAGUUUGAGGAUUAAUGAGAUAGGGAAAAAAGCUCAGGAUUUGGUAGAGAAGAUCAAUGAGCAUCGUGCAAUGGAUCAGGAAAUAAUGAACACCUUCCAGGACAAGCUAACACAGAAGGUGGCCGAGGUGUGUCAGCGGGUGAAAGAACAGAUGUUCAGCAGCUACGAGGGGAACAGCCGUGUGAUAGAGUCCAGACUUGUGGAGCUGUCAGCAGUGCUGGAGAGGAGCAGUCAACUCAUCUCUGAGUUGCAGGAUGCCAGUCAGACUCUAGCUGCCAUCAACAUGGGCCUUCGUCAGCUACCAGAGCAAUGA